AUGUUGACUCCAAACACUGAAUCAGCUCAAGAGUCGACUACUAGUCCGGCAUUUGUAUCUCCUAGUGUAGAUGCUUUGGAUGGAGGUACACCACAAGUGGAUACGAGUCAGACUCAAGCUGAAGAUGUUGCUGAAAAUCCAUUUCAGCCUAAGAAAAGCAAGCUUCAGAAAUCUAAGGGUCAGCAGAAUCUCACCGUUACGAAGACAUUAUCAAUGAAAGAAACAGUGUCUUCGGUGCAGAAUUUUCAGUACGACCAUUCUAAGCUUAGGGAGAUUAUCUCACACAUGAUUAUUGUGCAUGAGUUGCCCUUUUGCUUUUCAGAAUAUGAGUUGUUCAAUUUGGCGAUGCAAACUGCCACGUCUCAUUACCAGAAGAUUAGUAGGGCUAUGGCAAAGAAGGAUUGCAUUUCUUCUUACAAGAUGGAGAAGAAGAAAUUGAUGGUGCAGUUGAAGUCAGUGAAUCAUUGGCAAUUACAGAAGAUGACUUUUAACUUUUAUGACAUUCCACCACCACAUACCGGGAUUGCAAUUUCUGUCAUGCUGCAGAAGUGUUUGGCUGAGUGGGGAAUAGAGAAGAAAGUGUGGACUCUCACUGUUGAUAAUGCUGCGAAUAAUGAUGUGGUUGUUCGGCUAUUGAGGGACAAUCUCUUAUUCAAUGGGACACUUCACUUAGGUGGAAAAAUAUUCCAUGUGAGAUGUUGUGCGCACAUCCUUAACCUCUUGGUGUUAGAUGGCUUAACUCCUAUUCAAGAUAUCAUUUACAAGGUGCGAGAAAGUGUGAAAUAUGUAACAGCUUCAGAGGGACGUGUCAACAUGUUCAGUGAAAUUGCAAAGCAAUUGCAAUUGUCUUCCAAGAAACUGGUUUUGGAUUUUUGCACAAGGUGGAACGCUACAUACUUCAUGUUGUCAGCUGCCUUAGAGUUUAAAGCGGUCUUUCCACGAUAUCAGCAAAGGGAUGUUUCUUAUAUCUAUUUGCCUACUGAAGAGGAAUGGAAGAGAGUUCAAAUUGUUUGCAAUUUUCUCAAGGAUUUCAAGAAUGUUACUGAUUUGAUCUCAGGUUCUGAGUAUCCAACAUCCAAUCUUUUCUUACCUCAACUUAUUGAAAUCAAAUUGAAAUUGGGAGCUAAUGUUGAAGAGCUAUAUAGAGCUGGUAGUAGUAUUGGAAGGAGUAGCAGUAGUGAAAAUGAUGUUAUUGCUAGUGAAAGGGGCAAUGCUAGUGUUUUGAUAGGAUCUAAUCCAAGUAAUUAUGCUAGAUAUCUUCAAACUGUUGAUGAUGUUGAAGAUUUGAAAUCUGUUUUGGAUACCUAUUUUGAAGAAAAAGUCAUCAAAUGGAAAGAGCCUGGACAUUUUGAUGAUGACACUCAAGACAUCAAAGAAUAUACAAUGUCUUGA